CGACCACCAUGAGGACUGCGGUGCUGUUUGUUGCUGCCCUGGUGCUUGGCCUGGCUGCCGGAGCCGCCGUUGGUAGGAACAAGAGGAAAGUUGACGUGGACGAGCGCCUCCGAACAGCUCUCAAAGUGAACAACGCUGUUUACAAUCCAUCGGAAUUAUUUCGAACAAAAAGAGCUAUCAACGGCCAAGCGAACUCUGAAGAAAGAAAGCCAUUGGACCUGUUGCUUCGAAAGAAGAGAUGGGGACUCUUGGGGAAGAUUGGCAGAGGUAUUAAGAAAGCUGCACGUAAGGUCGGCUCUGGUGUGAGACACGCUGGCAGGAAGGUGGGCUCUGGUGUGAGACACGCUGCCAGGAAAGUCGGCUCCGUUGCCAGGAGCGCUCACUCCAAGGUCGUUAGUUUCUUCAGAGGCUCCAACAAGCUCCAUAAGAUCAGGUCAGGAGUCAGGAGUGUCGUCAGCGGAGCCAAAUCAUUUGCCAGGAAAGUCGGGUCAAAGGUCAAGAGCACCGGCCACAACGUCAGGUCAUUUGCUCAGAAGGUGGUGUCUCGCGUGAAGAGCGCGGGGAGAGGCAUCCAUAGCAUCGGGAGGAAGAUCGGGUCUAAAGCCCACAGCGUCAUCCAUGCGGGCAGUGUCAGAACAGGCGUAAAGAAGCUCGUCCACGGUGCCGGGUCAGUUGUUAAGAAGGUAGUGUCCGCUAAAAUGGGAGAGGUCCGGGGAGCGGUUUCCAUUGUCCACAAAGCUCUGUCCAAGACGCACAGUGUUGUCAAAAAUGUCGGAGCUGUCGCCGUGAAGGGCGCAUCCAAGGUCAUCAGCCUCCUCAAACACAGUCACGAGAAGUCUCACGGGAAGUCUCACGGGAGGUCACACGGGAAGACCCAUAAGAAGUCUCAUGGGAAGUCACGUGGGAAGUCUCACGGGAAGUCCCAUAAGAAGUCUCAUGGAAAGUCACGCGGGAAGUCUCAUAAGAAGUCACAUGGGAAGUCUCAUAAGAAGUCUCACGGGAAGUCUCGGAAGACGGUACAUACUGGUGGUGUAGGAUUGGUCGUCCCAGGUUCUAGUGUAAAAGGUAGCUUGACCCCCCCAACACCCAACAUCGGAGGCGAGGGAAACGUUGCUGUUGAAGAGCUACCUCAAACAGGAGACGUGGUAGCAGCUGACGAAGACUUCUGCCGGUGUAAGGUGAACGGGGACCCUCACUACCGGACGUUCGACGGUCAGAUGAUUAACUUCAUGGGAGAGUGCAUGUACACGCUGUCCAAGUCCAUUGACCAAUCAGACCCUUGCGCUUUCAACGUGGAAAUCAAGAACGAGGUCAGAGAUGGAAAAACAAUGGUUUCAUGGGCGAGGCUGAUCGACUUCAGCAUCUACGGCCUUACUGUCAGAUUGGCUCUCAGGAGGAAGGUUUAUGUUAACGGUCUCCGGAAGUACCCGCCAUUUAUUGGGGCAAACGGCAAGCUGUCAGUCACGAUCAACGGCCAGUUUGUUCAGGUCACUACGAUGUGCGGGAUAGAGGUCGCUUUCGACGGCCUUCACCUUGUAAAGGUCAAGGUCCCAAAGAGAUAUGCUACGCGCAUGACCGGUCUCUGUGGAGACUGUAACGGAAUCGAGGACGACUUCCGGUUGAGUAAUGGUACAGACGUCAGCACGCUCGACACCAAGUUCUCCCAGAUCGGCAACAGCUACCUAGUGUUCGACAACUCCGACAAGCCCGACAACACAGACAACUGCCGCGUGGUGGAGCCGGACAUCAACUGCGGUGCUGAUGUCAUCAACCAGCUGGACGCCACGGACAAGUGUGGGAUGAUCAAGGACAGGAGUGGGCCGUUCGCGGCGUGUAUCAACGCCCUCAGCGGGGAGGUCCAGGAGUACUACGAGGCCUGCACAUUCGACGCCUGUCUACACAAGGACGAUGAGGACGAGAUGAAAGGUGCCCUCUGUAAGAGUCUCGAGGCAUUCGCUUCCGAGUGUGAGGAGAGCGGUUUCAACGUCAAGUGGAGAUCAGCCAAUAUGUGCCCCAUGGACUGUGGAGCCAACAGCUUCUAUAAUCCUGAAAUAACCGGAUGUCGUCAACAAUGUGGAGCCUCGCUUUCGUCUGCACUAUGUGACCUUGACCCAAGGGAAGGUUGUGAAUGCGCGGCGGGAUACAUACUGAGCGGAGAAGAAUGCGUCAAGCAGGAAGACUGUGGCUGUGUCGAAACCAGAGACUAUUUCCCUAUCGGCACGAAGUUGUCUGCCGACGACUGCAGCACAGUGAGGGAGUGCAAGAAGGUCAGUGGUCUUCCCGUCUUUGUCGACGUCGUGGUGGGACAGAAGUGCGCAUCUAACGCCAUGUGUGGUCUGUUUGAAGGAGAGAGGAAAUGCGCAUGCUUCAAUGGUUUCAGCGGUGAUGGCGUCACCUCCUGUGUCUCACUACAGUUCCCCGAGGUGCCCCCGGAACUAAAGCCGGCAGUGGUGGAUCCCCCUAAGGUUGACGUAGAAGAUGAGAUCAUCCCUGAAAACGUUGUAGAGCUUGUCCCAGAAGAACCAGUAGAACCGGAAGAGCCGGCAGAAGAGCCUACAGAGCCAGAACUCCAGGUAGACCCAGAAGUUCCAGUGCAGGAAGUCGAACUGGAACCCGAAGCUGUGCCAGCUGAUCCACAACUAGAGGUCGACCCUGUUCAGCCAGAAGCCCCUGCUCAGCAAGUCGAAGAGGAAACACAAGUGAUCCCUGAGCCCGUUGAAGUUCCUAAGCCAGAAACCAAGCCAGCUGAACCCAUAUUUGAGACAGGAGAGAACGUGGUAGACGAGCCGGUUGCUGUCCCUGAGGUAGCGUUGGUGUCCCAAGUACCAGUCCUUCCUCCCGAGCCCCAAGAAGAAGUUGUUGAAGAAGUGCCUGUGAUCAAGGAGGUUCCAGUUAAAGUUCCACAGCCACCUCUUGUGGAAGAGAAGCCAGUCGUCAAGGAGGUACCAGUCACUGUAGAUGGUGUUGUUGAAGAAGUGCCUGUUGUACAAGAAGUUCCAGUUGAGGUACCCCAGGAUCCCAUCGUCGAGGAGGUUCCUGUUGUGGAGGAGGUGGAGCAGGUUGUUAAUGUUCCAGCUGUCAAAUCUGUAGAACCAGCUCUAGCUCCCGAGCCUGAAUCUGUAGAGGAGGUGCCCGUUGACAAAUUGGUUCCUCAGGUCCCAGAAGCUCCUGAGCCACCGAGACGUAUUGAAAUACCAACAGUCGCCCCUGAAACAGCCGCGCCAGAAACAAAGGCGCCAAUAGCUGUGGUAUCAGAGGUCCCUGCUCUUCCAGAAACCGCACCUGAAGAGGUUCCAGUAGCUGUUGUAUCAGAAGUCCCAGCUCUUCCAGAAACCGCACCUGAAGAGGUUCCGGUAGCUGUGGUAUCAGAGGUCCCAGCUCUUCCAGAAACCGCACCUGAAGAGGUUCCAGUAGCUGUGGUAUCAGAGGUCCCAGCUCUUCCAGAAGAAACCGCACCUGAAGAGGUUCCAGUAGCUGUGGUAUCAGAGGUCCCAGCUCUUCCAGAAGCCACACCUGAAGAGGUUCCAGUAGCUGUGGUAUCAGAGGUCCCAGCUCUUCCAGAAGAAGCCGCACCAGAAGAGGUCCCAGUAUCGGAGUCCAGCCCAGAGCCGGAACCAGUCAAAGUUCAAGCUCCCUGUUCGUGCAUGGCCAAGGGCGACCCCCACUACACGACGUUUGACGGUGCUCACCUGUCCCUGUCUGAGGACUGCAAGUAUGUCAUGGCGGAGGUCAAGGACGCGCCAGGAUGUAACGUGAGAGUUGAGGUGAAGAACGAGAAGAGGCCAAGGUCAAAGUUCCCUGAACGUGCUUUCACGAGACUCGUUGAUGUGAAGCUUGGAGAAGACAGGAUCAGACUCGGGAACGGGAAGCGUAUCCUGGUAAACGGAGCAAGUGUUGAUGUUGGUCUGAGUAGCGAUGGCUUCAACAUCACGAAGGACGGUUUCUACAACGUUGUCACCACAUCUUGCAACAUCGUCGUCAAGUUUGAUGGCGACUAUAUAGCCAGGGUCAUUGUCCCUGCGACCUUCAAAACCCAACUCAGCGGUCUCUGUGGCAACUGUGACGGCAGUGAGUCCGACGACCUCACUGUCAACGGUCGCAGCAUCGACAGCUAUGACAACAGGAAGGAAGGGUUGCUCGCUCUCGUCAGCCAGUUCAUUGUUAGGGAUGACUCCGAUAAACCCAGCACAAACCCUGUAUGCCAGACACGCACUGUCUAAGAAGAAGCUUGAGAUGCGACACUGUUCUGCGGCGCCCGCAUCAGCAACUGUCUACCAUUAUCAUGUACACUAUACCAGAUGUACUCGUCUCAAUAAAUCAUAUAUGUUGCAUGAA